AGAAGACGGAAGCGGUAGUUAUAAAACCAUAGACUGAAACCAGUGAAAUGUUUGGACUCUUCGGGAAACACAAACCUGUGAAAAUAAGGUCUUUAAAUGAAACUACAAAGUUCGGGGUUGCAGCCAAAGACCUGAAGGAGCUUCUUAAGAAAGGCUGCAAGUUGUUCCAGUUGCCCCUUCCUGGAGCACAUGCUUGUUUGUAUGUUGACGGGACAAAAGUGACAGAUGAAUUCUUCCCGACUCUGCCGGACAACACCGAGCUCGUUCUUCUCUCCAAACAUCAGACAUGGAGUGGAGUCGUGUGUGACAUCAGUCAGUUACUGAACACAGACCAGUAUGCUGACGGCAUCAUCAAAGCAGCGAAAGGACUCCUCUCUGAUCAGGAGUCUCCCAAAAGACGUAAAAUCCUGAGUGACCUGCUGCAGAACCUGGAGGACCGGUCUGAGCUGGAGGACAGAGAGGAGGAUGAGGACUGGUUCAAAGGUGUUGAGACUCGAUUCAAGACAAAGUCUGCCUACAUGAAGAACAACUGUGAAAGCAGGAUACGAAGCUACUUUAAAGAAGUGGGUAAUGCGACUAAAAGCAUCCAGAAGGCCAAAGUCAGGGCUGAAUUUCAGAAAGCAGCCGACUGCCUGGUGGAAAUGUUGAAGAAGGCCAAAUACAACGGCUGCUACUUUGACAGGACGGAAAAGGAGCCACGUCGCCUGUGCACGCAGGAGGGCUGGUUUACCUGCCAGGGGUCAUAUGACCAGGAAGUGUGCCGGUCUCUCCACUCCAUCAACCCAUACGGCAGCCGGGAGAGCAGGAUCAUCUUCAGCACAUGGAAUCUGGACCACAGGAUUGAAAAGAAGAGGACGAUCAUUCCCGCUCUGCUGGAUGUUCUCCAGAAUCACAAGAGCACGGACGUCAACUUGGACUACUUCUACAGCCUGCUGUUCACCAGGGAAAACCUGAAACUGGUUCACAUCGUGUGCCACAAGAAAGAAACUCACAACCUGCUGUGUGACACAAAGAAGAUUUAUAAACGAGUCAGAAACACAGAGAAGGAAGAAACGAAACCUAAAGGGAGGAAGAGGCGCCUGGUGUGAAGGUUUGAUGAACAAUAUGUACCAGACUGAUUGAAUCUGUGAAUGAUCUCAGGUCUCCUGUAGUAAGCUCAAGUACAAUCACAUUUUAUUACCACCCUGAAAUCAGUGAAGCUUUCAUGUAACGGGCAAUAACAGCAGGACACCAAGCUGAAAUCAUGAAAAACAUUUAUUUUCCUCUGUUGGCACAACGAUGUAAACUGCAUGAGCUGAUUACACAAUGACUGCGUUAUAUAUGAGGCACAACAUUGCAUAGGCGAAUAUGAAAAGCAUUUUGCAUAAAUAAGGCAGUAAAAAUAUACAAAACAUUUGAUUGGGUGGUUAGAACAAUCUGUUAUAUACAAAAUACCAAAACUGUGAACAGUACUAGUGCAAUCACUUUGACCUCCAAGGCUGAGCUCCAGCCAGCUUUAGUUUCUUACACACUGAAGACGUCUCUGUUUUUAGCCCAUGAUUUUUGAUACAUGUUUCUGUAUGUUUGUAAUGUUUACAAGUAUGAAACAAAUGGAAGGAUCAUCAGGGGAAAUGAUUAGCUGCAUUGAUUUGUAUGUAAAUAUACAAAUGUGUUGAGUUCUAACCAGCUGCCAUUGAAACAAGUUUGAUUCAUUCGUCUGACCUGCUGAAUUACUGCUGUAGGAAGGUCUCAUUACAGGACUGCUCCACCCUCCUUCCUCACGCUGUCUGAAACCAGGACAUUAAAUCUCUCACUAUACUUUAAUCUAUAUUUAAUGUUUGCAUCUCUCAUUUGAAUGUUCUUUUAGACAUGUGAAAAAAUAAACUUUUAAAGUCUCUUAUUUUGA